UGCUAUUCAUGCAGCUGCAUAAUGCAAUUCUGACCUGGUCAUCCAAUUCAAAGUCACCUCGUUCACUUUUCUCCUCCCUCCUGGUAAAGAGAAAAUAAAACAGUCUAACCAGAAUUUUAGGACAGUUGGAGUAUUACUAUAUGAAGAGCAAGCAUGAAACGUCAAUGUGCCCUGCUUCUGGUCCUGCUGGUCAUCUUAGCACUGAACUAUAAAGGAAAUGAAGCUGCAUCAUUCCCUUGGAGCUGUGCUUCCCUCAAUGGAGUUUGCAGACAAGGAGUGUGUCUGCCUGCAGAACUCUACUUCGGAUCAUUAGACUGUGGGAAGAAAUUUUUAUGCUGUGUGUCGCAUCUUCUCUGAAUGAAAGUGGUGCCCAUCCUGUGAAUUUAAUAACAACCGGAAUAAUCCUGGAAUAAACAACUUAAUGUGAAUGCAAAUGCUACUAUUAUCGCAAUAUGUUGCUCAAUACUCAUUAAUAGGUUAUGCUUCAUACAUACAGAAUUAAAGUAUUCAAAAUCCUUUCACAUUGCUUUGGAGUCACAUUUGUUUCAUAACUAUUUUCUAAUAAGCUUUAUAGA